GCAAUGUGGCCACCCCCCCGCGAUACUUCUUCGCGCUGGCGCACACGGUGCGCGACCACCUGGUGGGGGCGCUGGAUCCGCACGCAGCAGUACUACUACGAGAAGUGCCCCCAAGAGGGUUUAUUACCUCUCUUUGGAAUUUUACAUGGGCCGAACCUUACAGAACACCAUGAUCAACCUGGGCCUGCAGAAUGCCUGUGACGAGGCCAUUUACCAGCUUGGACUGGAUAUGGAGGAGCUGGAAGAAAUUGAAGAAGAUGCUGGGCUUGGCAACGGUGGUCUUGGGAGGCUUGCUGCCUGCUUCUUGGAUUCCAUGGCAACUCUGGGACUGGCAGCCUAUGGCUAUGGCAUCCGAUAUGAAUACGGAAUCUUCAAUCAGAAGAUUCGAGAUGGAUGGCAGAUAGAAGAGGCAGAUGAUUGGCUCAGGCAUGGAAACCCCUGGGAGAAGGCCCGCCCAGAGUUCAUGCUGCCUGUGCACUUCUACGGAAGAGUAGAGCACACCGAGGCCGGGGCCAAGUGGGUCGACACGCAGGUGGUCCUGGCUCUGCCAUAUGACACCCCGGUGCCUGGGUAUCUGAACAACACCGUCAACACCAUGCGCCUCUGGUCAGCCCGAGCACCCAACGACUUUAACCUCAGAGACUUUAACGUUGGAGACUACAUUCAGGCGGUGCUGGACCGGAAUCUGGCCGAGAACAUCUCCCGGGUCCUCUACCCCAAUGAUAACUUUUUUGAAGGGAAGGAGCUAAGAUUGAAGCAGGAGUACUUUGUGGUGGCUGCUACCUUGCAAGAUGUCAUCCGACGUUUCAAAGCCUCUAAGUUUAGCUCCAGUGAUGGUGCCGGAACUUCAUUUGAUGCCUUCCCAGAUCAGGUCGCCAUCCAGCUGAACGACACUCACCCCUCACUCGCCAUCCCGGAACUGAUGAGGAUUUUUGUGGAUAUUGAAAAAUUGCCCUGGUCCAAGGCGUGGGAGAUCACCCAGAAGACCUUCGCCUACACCAACCACACUGUGCUCCCUGAAGCCCUGGAGCGCUGGCCUGUGGAGCUGGUGGAGAAUUUGCUUCCUCGACAUUUGCAAAUCAUUUAUGAGAUAAAUCAGAAGCAUUUAGAUAAAAUUGCUGCCUUGUUUCCUAAUGAUGUCGACCGUCUGAGAAGGAUGUCUCUGAUAGAAGAGGAAGGAGGCAAAAGGAUCAACAUGGCCCAUCUCUGCAUUGUGGGCUCCCACGCUGUGAACGGCGUGGCUAAAAUUCACUCAGACAUCGUGAGGACCCAAGUAUUCAAGGACUUCAGUGAGCUAGAACCAGACAAGUUUCAGAACAAAACCAACGGGAUCACUCCAAGGCGCUGGCUCUUACUCUGCAACCCGGGGCUGGCGGAGUUAAUAGCAGAGAGAAUUGGGGAGGACUACGUGAAAGACUUGAGCCAGCUGACGAAGCUACACAGCUUCCUGGGUGAUGAUGUCUUCCUCCGGGAAAUUUCCAACGUGAAGCAGGAGAACAAGCUGAAGUUUUCUCAGUUCCUGGAGAAGGAGUACAGAGUGAAGAUCAACCCGUCCUCCAUGUUUGACGUGCAGGUGAAGAGGAUCCACGAGUACAAGCGGCAGCUCCUCAACUGCCUGCAUGUGAUCACCAUGUACAACCGCAUUAAAAGAGACCCCAAGAAGUUAUUUGUGCCCAGAACAGUGAUCAUCGGUGGCAAAGCUGCCCCAGGAUAUCACAUGGCCAAACUGAUCAUAAAGCUGAUCACUUCAGUGGCGGAUGUGGUGAACAAUGACCCCAUGGUUGGAAGCAAGUUGAAACUCAUCUUCCUGGAGAACUACAGAGUGUCUCUUGCUGAGAAAGUCAUUCCAGCCACGGAUCUGUCGGAGCAGAUUUCCACUGCAGGCACGGAAGCCUCGGGGACAGGCAAUAUGAAGUUCAUGCUGAAUGGGGCCCUGACCAUCGGGACCAUGGAUGGGGCCAACGUGGAAAUGGCCGAGGAAGCCGGGGAGGAGAACCUGUUCAUCUUUGGCAUGAGAGUAGAGGACGUGGCUGCUUUGGACAAGAAAGGGUACGAGGCAAAAAAAUAUUAUGAGGCACUUCCAGAGCUGAAGCUGGCCAUCGAUCAAAUUGACAAAGGCUUCUUUUCUCCCAACCAGCCCGACCUCUUCAAAGACUUAAUCAACAUGCUGUUUUAUCAUGACAGGUUUAAAGUCUUUGCCGACUAUGAAGCCUAUGUCAAGUGUCAAGAAAAAGUCAGUCAGUUGUACAUGAAUCCAAAGGCUUGGAAUACCACGGUACUCAAAAACAUAGCUGCCUCGGGGAAGUUCUCCAGUGACCGAACAAUUAAGGAAUACGCCCGGGACAUCUGGAACAUGGAGCCUUCCGAUAUAAAGAUUUCCCUGUCCAGUCAACCUAGCGAUGGGGUGAACAAAGCCAAUGGAAACUGGGUCCUGGGAAGAAAUGAACCAAUGAGAGAAAACCGCCACCUCUGAGGUGACAUCCCUGAUGUGAGGCGUCUUAGAAGAUAACUGUUAUGACCUACACUUUGCAAAUGAGGAGACUGAAAAAUUAAGUACCCUUCCCAAGGUCACACAGCCAAUGAAUGGCAGAGCCCCAUGAGGUCUGUGUGACCCUGGAGUCCCACGAUGACCUCCAAUGAGCUGUCACAGUCCUGAUGAGUUCUUCUUGUCCUCCUUGAAGCAAAAAUGAGCCCCAAGAACACAGUUGAGCUCUUGCAAAAUGCAGCUUUUACAGAAAGUUGUUUCAGGGACCCUUUCUCCCCUUCUGCACCCUUGCCCCUCUUGAGGUCCCUUUCCUUCCACUAUCUGCUUCCUUCCUGCUCCCAUUUUCUCAGAAGCCUUUGGAUACCAAAGUCAUCAAAGAAGGACUUCUAAAAACAUUCUCCCUCAAGUGUUAAUAACUUAAAAAAAUCAGAGCACUCAUACAUGUUUGGGAAAGGCACGGAGGCAGAAGAUAAUGAAAUCUCUGAUAGAUUUCCAGCAAUUCCACAGGGAGUGGAAAAGAUAAGUGGGCUAAGGGUGAUGGACAGCUCUUCCAAUACAUCAGCCUUGGGCAACUGCCUGCUCAUAAAAUCAGCAAGAAAGAAAUGAAAAUGACUGUUUCAUAAUACUUUAAAAUAGCCUCCAUGAGGUGGUCGGAAGAAGACACUGUUGUUCUGAUUUCCGAGAUAAGAAAUCAAAACCCAGAGAAGCCACUUUGAGCCACAGAUCAAGCCCAAACAGGCAGCACUGAACGCAAUCUGAAUUCUCAUGCUUCCUUCCAGUCGGCCAGCUCCGGCUCCGGCUUCCUUUCUCCUGAUUCUCUGAACUCCCGCUGCGCUGCCUGUUAGUCUCCCACUAAGUCACCUUUUGAAAGUAGUAGGGUGCUUUUCCGAGCAGAGGCAAUAGAGGGAAAUAUAUUUCUGUUUUUAAAGAAUAAUUCAUACAGAACCCCUCUCUCAAAUAGCUCAAGGCACUUCUGUGAGAAGCACUGCGGGAAGAGAACAGAGUGACCAGAUCCCUCAGAGCAUCAAUAAUGCACAGCGGCUCCUUUUAACUAGGGGGUUGUCAGUUUGACUUCCCCUAGAUCAAUAGGGGAUCAAAAGUCACCAGUGGCUAAUAGACCUUAUUUGAGCGGAGGAUGCAGUUUCAGCCCAGUCCCCGCUCAGGGCCAGCACAUCAAACAGCCACCUUGAUGCUAUGGUGUUCUCUUGCCUGCCCUUUGAUCAGCUGUGGCUGUAACUGCACCACCUCCCACUGGGCCCACAGAACCUAACUGGAUGCUUCUUAACUGGUGAAGCCUGGUGAAGCUGGAGGUGCUACAGGACAGAUCAUUCCUGCUUCCUGCUCAGGGGUACCAGCUUUGGGAAGCCCGACUCCAACCACACUUGUCAAGACGAUUGCAAAUAUUAAAUCAUGCUGCACAUCCAUCCUAUGGCAUUCAUUCCACAACCAUUCACCAAGCACCAUCAUGUCUGUGUUCUCCUCCCUUCUUUCCUCCCAACCAAAUCCUCCCUUUCCUUCACAUCCACUGACGUGUCCCUUCUUUGUCAAAGCCUCUCUAGACAGGUCUUCCCAUCUUCCCCAUGACAAGAACCAUGGAGCAUAUAAUGCUGCUUUUAUAAUCCACUCUGCCUAGCACAGAGCUGAGUACCAUAAAUAUUCGAUGAAUAAUAGGUUGAGGACACAAAGAAAAGUGUAUUUCUUUCAUAAGGGAGAAGGAAGCAAGGCUGAUGGAUAGUUUUGGGGGGUAGGGGAAGGCUUCCUUCUCUUUUUUGAAUUACAAUUGAAAAUUAAUCAACGUGAGCUCCCCAAGAGCAGGAGUUUUGCCUGUUUUAUUUAUGACUGUGGGCCCAGGUCCGAGACUAGUGCCUGAGAGGUACCAGAUGACCAAUACUGUGGCGCGAACGGAGAAGUUUAUCAGCCUUCUCAUGGGGAUUUUCUAAGUAGUAACUGAAAAUGUAAAGCCUUGGAGUGAAACAUGGAAAAAUUAAGAGGAAAAUAGCCCUUUGGCUUCCCCCAACUUACUUCCUGAGCAUGGUUUUUGUUUUUCUAAUUUGAAGAAAAUCAGUUGCAAGUGGGGAUUUACUCCCCUGGGCCCAUCCAUCUUAAGAAGCAACCCUAUCUGAUGAGAUUUUUGUAAAAUAAAUAAAUAGGUCUCCAAAGCAUCACACAGACACACACACACACACACACACACACACAACAAACCCAACCAAAAAUAUCAUGAUUAAAUAUGGCCCUUGGGUCUCACAACACAUCACAGUAGAUCCAGUGCUACAGGCAAGUCCAGGCACACAUCAAGCCCUCCAUGAGUUUCUGUUGCUCUGAACUACCUUGCUCCAAGAAACAAAAUCAACUCAGGAUGCUGGAUGUCAGUCUGUGUCUCAGCACAGCCUAAAUUAGAUCAGUCAUUUUCUGCUCAGAUGAAGAAAUGCCCAAGUAUUUUAUUCUUUCAAGAAGCAUCUUGAGACUUAUUUUUAGUAAUUAUGAAGGCAAGGAAUAGAAGGUCCCCAACUCCAUCUCCCACUCCACUAUCAAUGAAGUGAUAAAAGAGAGUGAUUUAAAAAAGUGAUGAGAGAACUGCAGCUUUGAUUCUCUAUCAAAUAAAUGUUAAAUAACCAUCCAUCCUCUCUAUAAAGAGCACAAAAGUAAAGGGUGGUAAACGCCAGCCUUCCCAGAACAACUGAAUCAGGGAGGUCAGGCCCAUGAAUGUGAAGUCUGAGAAGUGCAGCGGGUGAGGACAUUUUGACCUGUGUACAGAUCCAACACAGAAGCGGGGCUCCAGCCACUGGGCUAGACCAGGGGAGGGCUGCUGUCUGCUCCCUGCGCUCAGCUAGAGCAGGAAGAGAAAAAAGACAUCAGUGUUGGUCUUCACCACUCAGAUGUUCCAAAGUGAAGUCUUCUGUGUCUGGGUGUGAUGUUUGGAUAUUUUGCAAUCAGCAAAAAUUAAACAGGACAAAGGAAUACAAAGAAGAAAGGUAAACAAAACUGCCAAUAUCGUCCCACACCAAAACAAAACAA